AGGAGUUAGACAGAGACGCAGCAGCACCAGACGGAAAACAGCCGAAUUUACUCCCGAAGACAAGCACCGCUCUUCAAUUAGUGUCUUGAGUGCUAAUGAGGUUUUUAACGCAGCAUCAAAACUUGAUAAUGAAAUAGUGCCGUUUCGUGACACUGAUUUUGCGCAACUGUUUCCCUCGAUCUGGCGCCAGAUUUGCUGGGGGAAUAAAAGAUGAUUCUCGACGUGCUCUGUUCCUAUCAAAUGAUUUGGAUUGCGUCUCGCAUUUUUGGAGGAAAUCAGCACUGAAAGCAGUACGACGUUUUCUGGACAACUUUGGUGCCAGUGGACACGGGCAGUCGCGAAAGUAUUUUACUGUCUCGAGAUUGUUGGCUCUAAGCAGGAUGGACCUCAUCGGGCUCUACUUGUUCCAGCUGGCAAUUUUUGGGGUGCCGCGGCUGGUGUCCGGGGGCCGGUGGGACUGUCUGACUGCGGGGGAUUCAUGCUCCAGCGACGAGGCAUGCAGUCCGCGCUUGAGAACGCUGCGGCAGUGUGUCGCAGGCGGUGGAAGUGUGAAGCUGGGUCCGGGGGCACGCAACCACUGUGAGAAUGCCGUGACGGCCCUGCUGUCUAGCCCUCUGCACCGAUGCCAGUGCAAACGGGGUAUGAAGAGAGAGAAGAACUGUCUUAGCAUCUACUGGAGCCUCAAGCAGUCCGUGCUGCACGGGCUGAGCUUGGUGGAGAAUUACCCCUAUGAGCCUGUCGAGCGGGGCUUUGAUUAUGUUCGCCUGGCCUCCAUCGCUGCAGAGUCUGAGGUGGGCAUGACAACAGUGAACCGUUGUUUGGACGCUGCUAAGGCCUGUAAUGUGGAUGAGACAUGUCAGAAACUACGCACGGAGUAUGUGUCGGCGUGCAUCGCCCCAUCGGCGCGAACCGGGCCCUGCAACCGAGCACGCUGCAGCAAAGCACUGAGAAAGUUCUUCGACCGUGUGCCGCCAGACUACACGCACGAGCUGCUCUUCUGUCCGUGCUCCGACACGGCUUGUGCAGAGCGACGGCGCCAGACCAUUGUGCCUGCAUGCUCUUAUGAAGAAAGGGAAAAACCCAAUUGCCUGGCACAACUUCGAGUUUGUGAAGCCGACUAUGUGUGCAAGUCUCGCUGGGCUCAGUUCCAGCACGACUGCCAACCCUCCGAGCUUACUGCCAGCGGCUGCCAGCAAGAAAAUUACGGAGCCUGCCUUGUUGCGUACACCGGCCUGAUAGGUAGCAUUAUCACUCCGAAUUACCUAGACAACUCUACAUCCAAUGUGGGACCGUGGUGCUCUUGUGCGGCUAGCGGGAAUUUCCGAGAUCAGUGCAACCACUUCCUCAGCCAUUUCCAUGACAACAACUGCUUGAAGAACGCCAUUCUGGCUUUCGGGAAUGACACAGACCUGAAAUCUGCGACCAACCAAGCUCCAGGCUCCAACACACACACUUACAACCAGAUCUUAGUUACCAGCACUGAGACCAGCACUACCACCGUUGGUUCUGGCAUGGAAACUGAGCAGAACAUCCUGCGUCCACAGAUGCCCACACAGAUGAACGAGAGAGACAGACUGUGGGGCGACUCCACGCUCCCAUCCCCUGAUCUCUAUGACGCCAGUCCUGCAGCAGCCCACCUGGCCAUUGUAAUGUGGCUCCUCCCCUUCCUGCUGCUGGCUCUCUAACUUUCAAAUCAAGCAACCAAUCAAAGCACCACAGAACUGGGACAGCGUGCGUGUAUUCAUGAUUUUCAACUUCCACAUCACAAUAACUUGUUCGGAGAGGACGCAAAAACCGCCAAACUCUCUAAAUAUAUGAAACCCUGCUCCAUUCCUCAAUGCAACAUAGUGAUUCAUUGUCUGGGUGUUCACAAUGACUGAUUUCAAGGGUUUAUAUAAUUGUGUGUGUCUCUCUUCUCUUCAUUUGAACUGAAGAUGGUGCCCAUGUAAAAUAAAACCCUCUCUCUUCAAAGCGAGCGACUGAAAGGUAGUCGACGGGUGGCUGAGUCAUGCCUACGCUACAAAUUUCACACACAAAAAAAGAAAAGACAACAAAAAAAAAAACUAAGAUAAAUUUCUACCUGUUCAUCAUCCAUAAUUUAAUAUCUAUUUUCCCCCAGCUCUCUCGAAUGGACGGUGUUGGUACGUGUGCUGUAUAUUCACCCAGAUAGAAGUGUGUUUUGUGAUGUCUGCUUGAAGAAGCACAAGAACAAGCGGUAAGAGAAAGGAAACUGAUGUAAUGCACUAAAAGUGUCUGCGAUGAGAGCUCUUUCAGUGGGUUACAGAGACGGUCUUUAUUUUUGUAAUGUGGCUGUAUUGUUUAGAAGUAGGCCGUUUCUCCCAGCAGUCUUGGAGUGCACGGUUUGCUAAGAAAAUGUCACAGAUAUGAAGAGCAGAAGAGCUUAAGUAUCUUGAUGAAUGCCAUGAUCACAGUUCUUGUAUACUUCACCUGUGAAUAUGGGUGUCUGAAAUACUGCAUCAAACUGCUUACUGCAAAUGGAAAAAGAAGCACAAAACACCAUGUUAAAAAAAAAAAAAAAAAAAAAAACACUUCCUGUUCAUGUGAAUUCAAGCAGCUUAAACCCAUCUCCUUACUCACCGUUCGUCUCUGCCAAUUAAAAACGAGCACAACGAGGGUCUGUUGAUUCUCUCCAGUGACUGACGGCAGUUUUCUGCGUCCCCAUCCUAUGAGCACUUGGCAUCUGCAGUUGUGUUGCUUUUUUAUUCUCAAGUGUCCUGUGAUGACAAACAAGGUGAGUGAAAAGUAAAUGCGUUGACCUCUAACAACCUUCAGAGACUAUUGACCAAUCAGCGACCUGCAUCACAAAACGGGGCAAAGCAUUUCUGUCAAAUGGGUGGAAAUUGUGGAUUUUACUUAUUUCCUGAAAAAUAAACCUGCCAGAUACGGAUGUACAGAAUAAUGCUUGUGUGUCCAAAUAUGUACAUAAAGUAAGAGCAUAUGUUUGUUAUGCAUUGAUUUUUGGGGGAAAACCUGAGCAAUCAAUUUUAAUAUGGUAAAAUAUGCUAAGACGAUAAUUGAAAAUAGUUCAAUGGAAAAUAGCAGUGAGAAGAUUCUUUAUUUAUAUGUGUUUUUGUUUGCCCUACAGAACAAAGUCAUACAUGUUUGAUUUGGAAUAAAUACACAGAUUUAUUUAUUAAAAAUAGCUGAAAGCAUUACCAAAUUAGCCAAAAGUGGAAUUCAGUAUUAGAGGUGCUUCAUGAAUGACUGAUGUUGUAAUUCAAGUUCUGUGGGCCUGCCGAUCAGCUCAAGCUGAGGGGGUAAUGAGUAACUGAGGGAGUGAAGUAACCCUCAUUUAUUUGGAGCACACUCGUUGCAUUGUCACCUAUGCGCAUCGUCUGGGUCAGCACACACAUCUACACCGCCCUUCAGACUAACAACCUCCAACAAAAUAAAACGCCCACAUGUAACAGUGUUGUGCUACUGC